UUAAAGAUUAGUUUGCAUUCACUUGUAUACUUUCUGUUUUCUUUGAUCAUUCUAAGAAUGGAUAUAUUUCUGAAUCUGUGUCUUGUCAACAUUACCUCAGUUUUUUUUUUCCUGUGACGACCAGUCUGCCUGGUAAUAUUUAUAGCUCCACCCAAAAUGAGGUUGCAAUGAUCCCCCCUUCCCUCCUCCCUCCCUCCCUCCCUCUCUCUCUUCCACUCCCUCUCUCCCCCCUCUGUCUGACUUUCUUUACAUUUCACCAGUCACUACAGGAUCACUACACCGGACCUGUUGGAGCUGAAUGGAUUAUUAAGGACACCUACAUUUAUGACCACGACCCAAAACUGUCGUUCACAACAGCGGGAACAGCACGGAUGAUGCGUGCAGCCCUUCCUCAGCUAUUCAAUGACAGAAGAGACGCGCCAAAGAAGAGAUGGGAACUGUCGUUGGACUUCUACCUACCCGGCUGUGGGGGAAAUGCUGUCGGUGCUCCAUGUGGGCUGUACCUGUAGUGGUGGUCGUGGUCCAGCUUUGUGUUGCUUUUAACUUGGACACGGAGUCACGCGUGGUUUUCACCGGACCACAGGGAAGUUAUUUCGGGUACUCGGUGGAGUUCUUCGGUAACGCAUCCAGCACCAGCAUAUUGAUCGGUGCUCCAAAAGCCAACACAAGCCAACCAGACGUCACCGAAGGAGGAGCCGUGUACCUGUGUCCCUGGAGCCAAGCUAACUGCAGCAUAAUCAACUUUGACAAGCAAGGUGAUCGAUAUUUCUAUAUAAAUAAUGUGAACACUCAGGUCGAGUUCAAGUCUCAUCAGUGGUUUGGAGCUACCGUGCGUUCCCAUGGCAACAGCGUCCUGGCUUGUGCGCCCAGUUAUUACUGGAGGACCGAACAUGACACACCCUUUGCUGACGUCACAGGAACCUGCUACCUCUCUGUGGACAGCCUCCAAACGUUUGUGGAGUACGCACCCUGCCGAACAGAACGACAUGGACCUGCUGGACAGGGCUAUUGUCAGGGGGGAUUUAGUGCAGACUUCACAAAGGAUGGGAGAGUUGUGCUUGGAGGACCAGGCAGUUUUUACUGGCAAGGCCAGCUGAUCUCAGCCAACACAGAGGAGAUUGUAAAAGCCUACUACCCGUCUUACUUUCUGCUGUCUGUCACCGGGCAGAUUCACACUCGACAGGUGCAGGGGAACUAUGAUGACAGUUACCUGGGUUACUCUGUGGCUACUGGGGAGUUCAGUGGGGAUGGUGAGGAAGAUUUCAUCACAGGAGUUCCAAAAGGACUCAUGCUGUAUGGUGUCGUGUCCAUAUUAAACGGAAGGGAUCUGACGUCUCUGCUCAACUUGACAGGAGAGCAGAUGGGGUCCUACUUCGGCUACGCAGUGGCAUCCACCGACAUCAACAGCGACGGUUUGGAUGACCUGGUGGUGGGAGCUCCGAUGUUUAUGCGUCGAGGGUCCAAUGGGCGUUUGGAGGAGCUGGGUAAGGUGUACGUGUACCUUCAGAGAGGCCCUCUUCUGCUGGAGCCAAGCCAGUCCCACCUCCUGGGUCAACACGCCUUCAGUCGCUUCGGCUCUUCGCUGGCCCCUCUCGGCGAUCUCAACCAGGAUGGAUUCAAUGACAUGGCCAUCGGCUGUCCCUACGGAGGAGACGACCAACACGGAUUGGUUCUCAUUUACAACGGUCAUGCUGGAGGUCUUAUGGACACGCCCACUCAAACUCUCUCCGGCCAAUGGGCUUCCAGCUCUUUCCCUGCCAGUUUUGGAUAUGCUCUGCGCGGCAACAGAGACCUGGAUCAAAAUGGCUACCCAGAUCUGAUUGUUGGUGCCUUUGGGGUUGAUAAAGCCGUGUUAUACAGGGCUCGGCCAAUAGUGAGCGCCAGUGCAUCUCUUACAGUGCAGCCCACCAUGUUCAACCAGGAGGAGAGGACUUGUGAGCUGUUCACAGGGAGUGAAACCGUCGCUGUGUCCUGUGUCAGCGUCAGUUUCUGCCUGCUGGCUAAUGGGAAGCACGUCCCCUCUCAUCUAGACUUUGUGGUGGAGGUUCAGUUGGACAGUGGGAAGCAGAAUCAGAAAGAGUCCAUCAGAAGGACUCUGUUCCUGGACAGCCAGCAGAGCAGCCUGCUGAAGACCUUCAGCCUUGCUAUUGGAGAACACUCCUGCCAUGAGGCCAAGGUCUACCUGCGGGGCGAGGAGGAGUUUAGGGAUAAACUCUCCCCUGUUUACAUCAGUCUGAACUUCAGUCUGGAUCCUCAUGCCCCCGUGGACCAGCAUGGCCUCAGACCAGUCCUGAAUUAUCAGACAGAACAGCCCAUAGAGCAGAAGGCCCAGAUUCAGCUCGAUUGCGGGGAGGACAACAUCUGCGUCCCUGACCUCAAGCUGGCUGUUUACGGUGACAGACAUGAGGUUUACCUGGGGGAUGAAAACUCUUUGAGCCUCACCUUCAACGCCAGGAACGAGGGCGAGGGAGGGGCGUAUGAGGCCGAGCUCUAUGUGGUGCUCCCCCCGCAGGCCGACUACAGCGGGAUAGCACGCAACAAUGUGAGCUUGACUCAGCUGACGUGCAGCUAUGAGGCAGAGAACCAGACCCGCUAUCUCCUGUGUGAUCUGGGAAACCCCAUGAAGUCUGGGACCAGUUUAUGGGCCGGCCUUCGGUUCACUGUGCCAAGACUGAAGGACACCCAGAACACUGUGCAGUUUGAGUUCCAGAUAAGAAGUAAAAAUGCGAAUAACUCGGAGAGCGAGGUGGUUCUGUUGGAGCUGGAGGUGGCUGCUAUGGCUGAUGUCAUUCUGCAGGGUGUUUCACGGCCAGACAAAGUCCUCUUCCCUCCUCCAAACUGGACUGUGAGUCAGAGUCUGAGGGAGGAGCAGGACGUCGGCCCCGAGAUUCUGCAUGUCUACGAGUUGGUGAAUAACGGUCCUAGUUUGGUCAGCCACUCCACGUUAAAGGUGAGCUGUCCUCUGAGGGCUCCUGGCCACGAGCUGCUCUACCCGGUGGAGGUGGUCACCGAGGGCCCGCUGAGCUGCUCCUCCAAACACACCUUAAAUGCACUGAGACUCAAGCUCCAGGCUCCAGCAGCAGCAGAAGGUCCAAGGUUACUGAAAUCCAACAGUGAUCAUCACAUCCGGAGGAGGGAGGUGUACAGUGACGUCCUGACUGAACAAGGAAACCUGACGUGCUCCUCGGUGGAGUGCUGGCAGCUGCAGUGUGACGUCGGGCUGCUGGAGAGAGGAGCCAGUGUUAUUCUGACCGUACGCUCCAGACUGUGGGCUGAAACCUUCAUCGAGAGGGCCUAUAAGCAGUACGUUCUGGAGUGUUCUGUUCAGUACAACGUCGACAGGAUGCCUUAUUCUAUUCCACCCAAGUUCAAGCCAUCUGGGUCCAAAAAGGUGGUGACUGCUGUAAUGUGGAACAAGCCGGACAGUUUGUUUUAUGUUCCAGUGUGGAUCAUCAUCCUGGCUGUUCUCGCUGGGUUGUUAUUACUCUCCUUGCUUAUAUAUCUACUAUACAAGAUGGGCUUUUUUAAACGAUCAGAUCCGUACGGUACGACCAUGGAGAAGGCCCAGCUCAAACCCCAAGCGUCCUCUGAGGCGUAGACCCGGGACUGAGCCUCCCUGCAGCUGUUCCAAAGAACUGGAAUUAUCCCCAAACAAAUAAGGAAACUGGCUAAUGAUGAGCAGGCUACCCAUUUAUGAAUGGACACAGUAACGGGUGCUGCAUCACUGGAAUACAUAAUGUCUGGUGCUGCACUAAAACGCCAAAGCAGGAGGGACUACAAGUUGAAUAUGCACUGCUUUUUGAACAUGAAGUUGUUCAAAUAGAGCAACAGACAUGAGGCAGAUUUGCUCCUUAGAAGCUCGUCGCCGUGGAAAACUUUUCAACUCACACAUGAUCUGAACUGGAAGAACUGAAGCAUCGCAGCCAACGCAGGAACAAGAACACAACCUCCAACAAAAGGCACUAAUACAACAGUAUUUCUACAUUCCCUAAAGGUGUAAUUCAACAGUUUGCAAUCCCAUCAUUUGAUAUUUUUGAGAUUCCUGCUUUUGUAUGAUUUAUACACCACUUUUUAUUUAUGGCACAGUGUUUUUGCUCUCCAUUGUUGAAUGUUAUACCGUACUGUCUGCAGGACAAUCCUGAUCAAACUGCAAUGUUUAACUUGAAUUAUUCCUCUCCCAUAUUGGGAGGUGUUCUGUGUAUGUUGUAAUGUAUGUAAUGUAUUAUUGUGUUAUGACCCGUUGGUGUCCAGAAUAAAGCCUCAUUUUGUAUAUCCA